CCAUAAUACUCUGUUGCUAAUCCAUUUGCUUUGCUCUUAUAAACAAGACGACUAGCGAGAAACCGAAAGCGAAAACAGUGAACCGAAACCUAAUUCUUCCAACAACGAAUUCAAGAAACACAGAGAGAGGAAAAAAAGUAAUGGAGGAAAGUAUCAACAAUAACUGCUCGCCUUCUUCAUCGGCUUAUGAUCACGGUCAUAAUAAUCACAAUUACAGUCCUCCGUCUUCCUCCGACGAAAUCUCGCUUUUUCUCCGGCAGAUUCUCGUCCGUUCCUCGUCAUCGUUAUCGUCUUCAUGUCCGUCGGCUGCUGCUGUACGAGCGAGCCCGCAGGUGCAGCCGUGCUCCUCGACGCCGCCGUCCAUCUCCCAAUCGAACGUCGCGAAGCGUGGGAUCUGCGACGUGGAUUUGUAUGACCGGGCGAGCCCGGGCCCAGUGGCGGGUUAUGGUUCAUCCGCAGCUUGUUUCUCGCGGAACGUGGGAGGGAAUGCUGCCAACGUGUCGGGGUCUUCGGUUGCGGUGAGCGAGAACGAGACUGAAGAGUAUGACUGCGAGAGCGAGGAGGGUCUGGAAACUUUGAUAGACGAACAGCCGCCAAAGCCAGCUCCACCGCGUGGUUCAUCAAAGAGAAGCAGAGCUGCAGAGGUUCACAAUCUGUCAGAGAAGAGGAGGAGGAGUAGGAUAAACGAGAAAAUGAAAGCGUUGCAAAAUCUAAUUCCUAAUUCGAACAAGACGGAUAAGGCUUCAAUGCUUGAUGAAGCAAUUGAGUAUCUCAAGCAGCUUCAGCUUCAAGUACAGAUGUUAUCAAUGCGAAAUGGAUUAAGCUUGCGUCCAUUGUGCUUGCCUGGAGCUUUACAACCCACGCAACUCUCCCAGACACGGAUGAGCUUUAGCGAAGACAAUGGAUCUUUGUAUAUAAACAUGAGUGACAUGCGUCCUGUAAACCGUGAAACUCUAGUGCCACCUGUGUUUAGUCUACCCAAUCAAUGUACUCCUUCAAACCACAUGUCUAUACCCAAUGUGCCAGAUAUAAUCAACACAACAAGCCCAUUUGGUAUAGAAUCACCAAUCCAAGGUCACUUCGGGCCAUUCCAGUUACUAAAUUCAUCAGAGGAAGUCUGCAGGGAAGAUGCAUUACCACAUCAUCAUCAAAUGAAUAUUGGAACUUCCAAGACUAAUUCAUCAGUUUUUGAAGUGGGAAGCUUGACUUCAGUUUCAAUUCCUCUUAAUACAAAUCAAUCCAAUCCAAAGGAAAGUAGCUCUUUAGAUGUAUCUGCCGUAGGAAGAGAUGAAUCAGAAAGCAUGCUUCUAAAGAACAAUGAACAUAAUCUAAUUUUAUCUUCGCAGUUUACCGGGAUGCAAAGGAGAAGUACCACCAAUGAUGAGACUAAAACAGAAUGACCAGUUUGCUGGGCUCAUGAUUCUACUAACUCCAUGGAUUUCAUACAGCAACUUCUUUUCAAACCCUGACAUGAAAGUGGUAAUUUCACAUGCCUCUAAACCAUGAAGCAAAUCUGUAUCAGAAAAAUUUAUCCAAUCAAUUCUUUUGCCAGUCUUUGUGAUUAAUUAGGAUGAGCAGUCAUGUAA